AAUGAGGUGAAGACAGGAAUCAUAAAAGAUUUGUUAAUGGUUCCCUGAAUACUGAGUGAGGAACACGGAGAUGGAAUCUGGUAUGGAGGAGAUCCCAGUUAAAGUUGCAGUACGAAUCAGGCCUCUUCUUUCUAAGGAAGUUCUUCAUAAUCAUCAAGUGUGUGUGAGAUUAGUCCCAAAUACACAACAAAUUAUCAUUGGAAAAGAUCGUGUCUUCACUUUUGAUUUUGUAUUUGGCAAAAAUUCAACCCAAGAAGAAGUAUAUACAACUUGUAUUAAGCCUCUUGUAGUGUCUUUGACUGAGGGAUAUAAUGCUACAGUAUUUGCUUAUGGGCAGACGGGUUCUGGGAAGACCUAUACCAUUGGAGGAGGUCACAUUGCAUCAGUUGCAGAAGAUGAAAAAGGCAUAAUCCCAAGGGCUAUUCAGGAGUUAUUUCAGCAUAUCUCUGAAAAACAUAACAUUGAUUUCAGUGUGAAAGUAUCAUAUAUAGAGGUUUACAAGGAAGAACUUCGAGAUUUAUUGGAGUUGGAGACCUCUGUGAAAGAUUUACAUAUCCGAGAAGAUGAAAAAGGAAAUACAGUGAUUGUUGGUGCCAAGGAAUACCAAGUUGAAUGCGCAGAUGAAGUGAUUAGCCUGUUGGAAGGUGGCAAUGCAGCUCGUCACACAGGUACAACACAAAUGAAUGAGCACUCCAGUCGAUCUCAUGCCAUUUUUACCAUCAAUAUUUGUCAGAAACAAUCUGCAGAGUCUCAGAAAAAUACUGAUGAUGCACAAAAUUCAUCUUGGAAAUCCAUUCGUAUGAUUGCUUCAAAGUUCCAUUUUGUGGAUUUGGCAGGAUCAGAGAGGGUAACAAAGACUGGAAAUACUGGUGAACGGUUCAAAGAAUCCAUUCAAAUCAAUACUGGUUUGUUGGCCUUGGGAAAUGUCAUCAGUGCACUUGGAGACCCAAAGAGAAAAAGCAUGCAUAUUCCAUACAGGGAUGCUAAAAUCACUCGUAUUCUGAAAGACUCCCUUGGAGGAAAUGCCAAGACUGUCAUGAUAACAUGUAUAAGUCCAUCCUCAUCAGAUUUUGAUGAAUCUUUGAAUUCUCUCAAAUAUGCCAACAGAGCCAAGAAUAUUAGAAAUAAACCAGUUGUAAACUACAACCCUGAUCAAGACCGGAUUGAUGAAAUGGAACUUGAAAUCAAAUUGCUUCGAGAAGCUUUGCAGAAUCAACAAGUUAGUAAUCAUGCUAAUCAGGGUUCACAAGACUUGAAUCAAGAAAGGACUCGAAUAAGUUUGCUUGAAGAGCAUCUCACCCAGCUUCAGGUCAAGUGCUUCCAUUAUAGAAAUUGCCUAGAUGAAGUCUUCCCAUUCCUGAUUGAUUUGAAGGAGGAUGUUAGCUUAAAAAGAAGUCAGCAGGACAGGUUGCAGAGCUGGAUCGCCAUGGUACAAGAAGUAAGGAAGGAAGAACUCGCCAUGCAGCAGAUUGGUAUUGGGACUGGAAUCAACCAAGAAGAGCCCUAUCACAUCACAAUUCUUCAGCUAAAGAGGGAACUAAAAAAAUGCCAGCAGGCUUUAGUUAUGGACGAAGAAAUAUUUAGCCAGAAGGAUCAUGAGCUGAAGGUACUGCAGAAUCAAAUAAAGACGUUACUACAAGAGAAUGAAGAACAUCUGGAAUCUUUAAAAGAAGCUCAAGAAACAAACAGAUUACAGAAUGAGAAAAUGGUGGAACAGCAAAUCCUUAUUGAUCAGCUAAAAGACAAAUUAGAGAAGUUUACGGUUAUGAAAACUUCAGACUUCCCUAGUGCUUAUGGAGAUGGACCAGCUGUUGUGGCAUUUACAAGGCGGCCAUACAGUGUCCCACUCACAAAGAGUCUACUCUGCUCCCUUCAUCCAUCUUCAGGGCCAGACACACGAAAGGUGUAUACCAGCCCCCCUGCCUACUCCCUGGCUCGGGUGAUGGCAGGAUUCCGUGCUCGCAGCCAGAUGAUGCUGAGCUACAUAGAAGAUCAGGAUGAAGUACUUCAUUGUAAUCUAUCUGAUCAUAGCGAUGAAGAAGGAAAUGCAGAGAAUGAAAAGAAAACCUCAUUUAAGCGUUCUAUAAACCGUACAUGGACCCGAAAACAGGCUUCUCUCUGCUUUCCCAUUGACCUAAGUGAUACGAGGUGUCAAGUAGACAAGCCUAGUUCUUAUGACAAAUCUGCGCUACCGACUGACACAAUCACAGGUGAAGAGAUGGACAGCCUCCAGAAGAGUCAUGUUUAUAACAUGCAGAAGUUAAAGAAUGCAGAAUUGAGACUCACUGAAGCCAAGCGAAAAAUGAGAGAACUUGCACUUAAUAUCAAAAUGAAAGAGGAACUUAUUAAGGAAUUAGUAAAAACAGGUAAGGAUGCUCAGUCUGUAAGCAGGCAAUAUUCUUUAAAAAUAACGAAACUGGAGCAAGAAUCUGAGCAGGCCAAAAUGGAACUUGCUGAAACACAAAAGCAGCUUCAAGAGUUGGAGAGUAAGGAGCUGAGAGACAUUGCUGAGAAAGCCAAGUUACAGAAGGAGUUUCGGAAGAAGAUGGAUGCAGCUAAGUUGAAAGUGCAGACCUUACAGAAAAAGAAGCAGGACACUAAGACCCUGGUUUCAUUAUCUAACCAAAGUGAAAGACGAGCAAUAGAACUAGAACAGAAUGUGGCUCAGAUGAAGCAUCAGCAAACUCAGCUACAGAAAAGAUUACGUGAAGAGACUGAAACAAAGAAGCUCUUAGAGGCAGAGAUUCAGCGGGACCAACAACAAAUUAAAGACCUUCAGCUAAAGAUGGAGCAACAACAGAAAAUUCUUAAACUUAAAGAUGAAGAGAUUGCUGCAUUUAAAAAGAAGAAAAACACCUCAGCAGGAACUUUACAGAAGAUACAGAAAUUAGAAGACCAAAAGAAAUGGCUGGAUGAAGAAAUGGAAAGAAUUCUUCAACAGCACCAACAGUUAAAAGAACUGGAAGAAGAUUUAAAGAAAAGAGAAGCUAUUGUAACCAAGAAAGAAACAUUAAUACAAGAGAAAAGCCACCUUGAAAUUAAGAAACUAAGAUCUAGCCAGGCUUUAAACAAAGAUAGCAUGAAAUUAUCUACUCGCUUAAGUAUGCUGGAUCAGGAGCUGAGUGAUAAAGGUAUGCAGCUUCAGGAUAGCACCACUGAAGAUAAGCAAGACAUUUUGGAAAAAAUUCAGGUUCUACAGAAGGAAAGAGAUCAGCUGCUCAGAAGGAAAAACAGUGUAGAUGAGAAGCUGAAAGAUGGUAAAGUGUUAUCAGCUGAAGAAGAACAUGUCCUUUUCCAGCUGGAAGAAGGAAUUGAAGCCUUGGAGGCUGCCAUUGAUUACAAGAACGAAAGUAUUCAGAGACGCCAGCACUUGCUUAGGUCCUCUUCUCAGAUUCUCUUGCAAAGUGAGGAUAAUGUAAUAGGAAAACUAGUUUCCCUGUCUGCUGCUGAACUCAGAGCCAUCCUUUUGAAAUAUUUCAACAAGAUUGUUGGCCUACGUGAGUCUGAACGUAAAUUACAACUGCAGACUGAAGAACAGGAAAUGAAGGUCAUAGACCAAGAAAACGCAAUACGUGAAUUAGAAUCUGCACUUGAACACAUCAAGCUGCAGUGUGACAGACAGCUGACCCUACAACACAAAGAACACGAGCAAAAACUACAACUAAUACUGCAUCAUUUCAAAGAACAAGAUGGUGAAGGUAUUGCAGAAGCCUUGAAAGGAUAUGAUGUAAAAGUCCAGCAACUGGAAAAAGACUUAUUUUUCUAUAAGAAAACCAGCAGAGAACUGAAGAAGAAAUUGAAAGAGCUCAUUGGAGAUUCAUCCAAUCAAUUACUGGCACCCACUAAAUAUCAUGGUGUUUGUAGUAAGGCACUUGGUCAAGAUGAAGCAGAAGUUGCUUCUGAAGAAUUCAAGUGGACAUCUAACCCUGAAACCAAUAGUCAACCAGGGAAAACAAAAGAAACAGACAGAACAAAUGCUUUAAGAGUACAGCUGAAUUCGUGCAAGCUUGGAGAAGAUGUUUCAGAAGUUGGAUGUAACAAAAUAUGUUUGUCAAGUGGUAGUGAUGACAAAAUGGGAACAGAUGAAGCACAGCCUUCAAAAUCUCAUUCUCAACUACUCUCUGUCAACCAGAGAAGAGAGACCAUAGCACAGUUUCAAGGAGUAACUCCAGUAAAACUAUCUCGCCGAGAGCUACGUCAUAUCCCUCCUUCUGAAUUAUCUUUGAGGCGCUCAAGUCUUGGAGUUGGUAUCAGUUUUAUUGCUCCAGACUCCAUUGAAAUGGACAAAAAGUCUAGUGUUAGUAAGAUAUAAUUGCUGUUCAUUGCAUUUUAAUAGCACUUGCAACUUGAGCAAUUGUAUUAGAUUUCUUUGUUCAUAUCUCUCUUAACGAGCAGUCAUGAAUGAAUUAGUUAAGUGUUCUUUAGUUAUUACAAACACUAUUGUCAUUAAAUGUUUGCUAUGCUCAGAUGGUUUUGGUAAAUUGGAGAUAUAUUUUAACUGGCACAGUAUCUACAGGCAUCUGUAUAUAUAAAUAUGUAUAUGUAUAUACAGGCAUAUGUAUGUAUCUAUAUAUAAAGGCAUAUACAAAUGCCUUUCAUCCCUAAGGAAAUUAUUUGUAUUGGUUGGGGAGUUUUUUGCAGCAAUUUCAAAAAGUGUUUGUAUUUUCCAGAAAACGAACUGUGUAAUUCAGGUUUUCUGGAAUUAGAUUUUCACUCAGAAGUUAUAACUAUUUAAUUUAUUUGCAUACAUAGAUAGAAAAUGUAGUUGCCAGACUGUUGCUUAGUAAUGACUGACUUCUGUAUUUUUUUUCAUUUUUUUUAAUAAUACGUUUUAUACAAGACAUGCUUGAGAUCAAAAUUGGUAUCUAAAGCUAAGCUUGCUCCUGAGAAGGAACAUGAAGUACUUACUCUUUUUAAAAUAGUGUUUAAUUACUCUUAUUUAAGAGUCUUACUCUAUGAGCCAAAAGUCUUAAUUAUUUAAUAGUUUUUUACAAAGUAAACUUUUUGUGCAAAAUAAGUGAAAUUAGGACAAUUACUUAUUUCACUUUUUGUUUUUGUUUGCUGGAGUGUUUCUGAGGCUAAGAAUUGUACUUAGACAACCCAUGAUGUUGGGUUGACCAAAAGCAUGUUUAUUUGUCUACUACAGUAGGAGAAUACUGGACCAAAUUCAGCAGCUUUUGGGUCAGACAGAUGGACCAAUGUAUUCUUUAUUUCUUUGUACUAAUUAUUCAUGUCCUUUUAUUUAGAAUAAAUACGAAUUAUUUUCUUGCAUUGCAUAUCUGUUUCAGAGUAAAUACUGCACAUAUAUCUUGGUUUAUUGUUUCAUUGUUGUUGCUAAUGAGUUCAGAAUGAAAGGCAAUCUUUUUGUAGGAGGACAGUGACUGCUGAGAAGGAUAAGCUAAUUAGUAGUUGUACAAACUUGAAGACAGAGUCGAGAAUGUCCGAACUUGAGUGAGUUUAACACUUCUAUCCAUAAUUGUUUCCUAUGCAAAAAGUGGCCUUUUUCAAGAGAUAAUUGGCCCAUUUGAAAGUAAGGUUAGUUUUAUUUAGACUAAGCAGUCAUGUUUGAAAAUAAUGUCUUGGAUUUCUAGAUGUGCUUAGCAAAGGAAAUUUUCAUGUUGUGAACUAAGACUACCUUCUGAUAUUAUUUAGGCAAGGCCUUGUGUAUAGAGUGUGUGGCUGUAGUUUUUUUUAAAAAAAGUAUUUUUCUAUGCUGCAAGCACAGAAUAAAUUUGCUCACAUCAAGAGAUCUUGUUACAGCAUGAUCAAUGGGCCUAUUGUCCUGUGGCAUAUUUUAAUAUUUUGAGUAGACUGUGAAACAUUUUAUAAUCAGAUUGCUAAACCAUUUUACCUGUCAAACGAUUUUAUCUUCCACAGUUACACUUAAGUUUUUCCCUGUUAUUCGCAGAAGUGUGAGAUAAGGAUUUAGGAUCUUUUUGUUUGCAUAAUCUUUUACUGUGAUAUA